CAGGCAACCCCAAGCCGCCUCCCUCUAGAUAGCGUUAUAAUUUAGUACGACACGACUUCCACGCAAAGAGGAAUGCACGAUCCUCCCAACUUCCACCGCUCCCCGAUUCUCCUGUGUGUCGAGUCCAUGGAUACCGUCUAGCGCUGAGAUCCGGCGCCUCUGAUCUUUCAAUAAAACCAUGGCUUCCGCGACCAAGUCGGGGUUGGACGAUUCACGUCGCAGCUUAGGAUCACCGAAGCUGCGAGGACGAGAGAACACGAAAGAUACUUUAUGUCGAAAUAUCACCAUAUACGGGAAAUGUCGAUUCGAGGAUAAGGGCUGCGCAUUCAAUCACGACCCUCAAAAACUUUACAAUGCGAAUCAAAAUGAUAGCAAAAAAAGAUUAAAUGUCGACUCUCCCAGUUUCACCCCGGCCGUUAUUGGAGCCAAUGGCUCGUCGUCGAAGAAGCCAAACUCCAUCUCGCCCAAAGCCGCCGUCGCGGCUCCGUUUCUCCCCAAAGCUUCUGGCACGAGCACGCCGCCGAUACGCCCUGACACAGCGUCUUCAGAUUGGACAGUGGCGGAAGUGCCCGAUUUUGUCCCUCAAGGACUCGAUGCAUCUCAGGUGCAGGUAUCCUUGCAGGGCAAUCCAAAUGGCGUUCUCAACCCUGCAGCCGCCUACGACCCUUUUGUGACAACCCCGGGCUCUUUGGCCGCCAGUGGCAGUGUUACAUCUCAUCCUGUCCAGGGAAACCCCUAUUCACACGACGCCGCAGCAGCUGUAGCUGCGUCCAUGGGAGGCACGGCUUUCUUUUCAGGCCAAGCAGGCUUUCAGCAACCAGUCCAGUAUCAUCUUUAUGCCCCCGUUGGUCCUCAUAGUCAGAAUAUCCACCCCCAUAACCGCAAUGUUCACGAUCUCUUUUUACCAAAUGACUUCAGAGAAGAAUUGCAGAAGAAAGCUGCUGCUACCCUGCAAACUCUACCGAAUUCCUCUUUGCCCGCCCAUGUCGACAACUUUCACUCGUUGGUACCUUUGGAUUUGUCUCACCAGAAGAAUGCAUCUAUAUUCGGGUACCCUAGUUGGGUUUACAAAGCGCAAUCUGGCAAGGAUGGAAAUUUCUACGCACUCCGUAGGCUUGAAGGAUUUCGCCUGACAAACGAAAAAGCUAUCCGAUCCGUCCAGGCGUGGAAGAAGGUUACGAAUGGCAGCGUUGUGACGGUACAUGAUGCUUUCACAACCCGAGUGUUUCAAGACAGCUCUUUAGUCUUCGUCAUGGACUAUCAUCCCUUGUCCAAAACUCUUGCCGAGCAACAUCUCGGAGCAGGCAGUCGUUAUGCUGGGCGUGCCACCACGGCGAUUCCUGAAGCAGUCAUGUGGAGCUACGUUACGCAGAUUGCUUCAGCAUUGAAGGCAAUUCACAGCGCCAAGCUUGCAGCCAGAAUCAUCGACCCGAGCAAAAUUAUUCUAACUGGCAAGAACCGUAUCCGGUUAAGUGCUUGUGCAAUUAUGGAUGUAGUGCAGCACGAUACUCAGCGAUCUAUUGAAGAUCUUCAACACCAAGACUUGGUUAAUUUCGGACAGCUUAUGCUCGCACUCGGAGCAAGCGCUUCUGGUGUGGUAGGUAGCCCAACAAAAUCCAUGGAGUACUUUAGUCGCGCAUAUAGCCCUCAGUUGAAGAACUCGGUGAUAUGGCUGCUCAAUGCGAUGCAGAUGGACCAGGAACGCAACAUCGAUAUAUUCAUCAGUGGAAUAUCUUCACAGCUUAUAUCUACAUUUGAUUCGGCACUUCACAUGGACGACCAACUUACUUCGGACAUCAGCCGAGAGCUUGAGAAUGGACGGCUUGUUCGACUGUUGACCAAGUUGAAUUUUGUCAACGAGAGACCUGAAUACGAACAUGACCGACAAUGGUCUGAGAAUGGAGAGCGCUACUUCCUCAAACUUUUCCGUGACUACGUUUUCCAUCAAGUGGACAGCCAGAAUUCGCCAGUGGUGGACCUGGGCCAUGUCCUGAACUGCCUGAAUAAACUCGAUGCAGGCACCGAAGAGAAGGUGACGUUGAUCAGUCGAGACGAACAGAGCUGUUUUAUCGUGAGCUACAAGGAGCUCAAGAAGGCGUUGGAGUCUUCGUUCCAAGCUCUGAUGAAGCCGACAAGACGGAUGCACUAGUCAUCCAUUAACGCGGCCGGUGUUGCCGCACCUCAGCUAUGAGGAUAUGCUGACAGUAUAACUUAGUAUAACUUUAGGCGGGCACUGAGAUGCUUUGCUUGUUUGGUAUAUGAAGUAUAAGAAUUCCAGAAUGUCUGGUACGUGUAUUGGGGAUUGCAGGAAUAUAUUGUAGCUAGAGCUUGGUAACUUGAUUGUUACGUCA